CUGAGUGUGGGUGCUUGACUGCCACUGGAGCCACCGUCUCUCUCUCUCUCUCAAGCGAAGUGCAACCUGAGAUAUCGAGGCUGUUUACGUUGUCUUUUAACUUUUGAAGGGCUUGCGGAACAGCGUGCUUGAAUGUUUCAAAGGUAUGACAGACUAUUUUGUCAAACAGAUCCCUAAAUGAAUCGGAGCAGAGGAUCAAAACUGUGGCAUAAAGCGCAAUGACGGCACAGUCAGACGUUCACUGGUGAUUGGAGCUGGGUAAGCAGUGAUGAUGCGUUGUCUGGCAGCCCGUGUUCACUACAAGACCCUGAUAGUGAUCUGCGCUCUCCUCUCUCUGCUCACGGUCGUUCUGUGGAACAAGUGUACGAGUGAGAAAGCGCUGCGCUUCCUGCCCCGGCACCCCCAGCCCCCUCCCAGCCCGAAAAUAGACAGCCAUCCGCAGCAGCCCCAGCCCCCCGAACCUCCACCUGUGGUCGGUGGAGUGCGCUACGAAGAGAUCGACUGCCUGAUCAAUGACGAUGUCACCAUUAAGGGCCGCCGAGAAGGCAGUGAGGUAUACCUGCCCUUCAGCUGGAUGGAGAAGUACUUUGAGGUGUACGGCAAGGUGGUACAGUACGACGGCUACGAUCGAUUCGAGUUUUCGCACAGUUACUCCAAAGUAUAUGCCCAGAGAGAGCCGUAUCACCCCAGCGGAGUCUUCAUGUCCUUUGAGGGGUAUAACGUGGAGGUGCGUGACAGAGUCAAGUGCAUCAGUGGAGUGGAAGGAGUACCUUUGUCCACCCAGUGGGGCCCUCAAGGGUAUUUCUAUGCUAUCCAGAUAGCUCAGUAUGGCCUGAGUCAUUACAGUAAGAACCUGACAGAGCGGCCACCCCACAUGGAGGUGUAUGACACAGCGGAGGAGAGAGACAGCAGGUCUAGCGCGUGGACUGUCCCUAAAGGCUGUUCUCUCACCAGAGUCUAUGACAAGACCAGAGUCACAUCAGUACGACAGUUCAGCACUCCAGAAAACUCAGAGGGCGUCUCACUUCCUCUUGGCAACUCUAAAGAUUUCAUCAUCUCUUUUGACCUGAAGUUUACAUCUAAUGGUAGUGUCUCUGUCAUCUUGGAGACCACAGAGAAAGGUCCUCCUUUUGUUAUCCACUACGUCACCACCCCCCAGCUCAUUUCUUUUAAGGAGCGUGACAUCACCUAUGGGAUCGGCCCUCGGACUGCAUGGACCACGGUCACCCGUGACCUUCUCACUGACCUCCGCAAAGGCAUUGGCCUCUCCAACACCAAAGCGGUCAAAGCCACCAAGACCAUGCCACGACGUGUCGUAAAGUUAGUGGUGCACGGCCACGGGAUGAUAGACAAUAUCACGAUCUCCACCACUUUGCAUAUGGCGGCUUUUUUCGCCGCCAGCGACUGGUUGGUGCGCAACCAGGACGACCGCGGUGGUUGGCCGAUCAUGGUGACUCGUAAACUCGGGGACGGUUUCCGUGCUCUGGAGCCCGGUUGGUAUUCAGCCAUGGCACAGGGGCAGGCCAUGUCCACUCUAGUGCGUGCCUAUCUGAUGACAAAAGAUGAUGCGUACCUAAAGGCUGCCUUGCGUGCCACCGGACCUUUCAAACUGCCAUCGGAGCAGCAUGGCGUCAAAGCUGUGUUCAUGAACAAGUAUGACUGGUAUGAGGAGUACCCCACAAUCCCUAGCUCCUUCGUUCUCAACGGGUUCAUCUAUUCCCUCAUAGGCCUGUAUGACCUGGCGCAAACCGCAGGUGAGAAGCUCGGUCGGGAUGCAGGUCAGCUGUACAGCAAGGGGAUGGAGUCCUUGAAAGUUAUGCUGCCCUUGUACGAUACGGGGUCGGGCACCAUCUAUGACCUGCGCCACUUUAUGCUGGGCACGGCGCCCAAUCUGGCUCGUUGGGACUACCAUACAACGCACAUCAACCAGCUGCAGCUACUGGGUACUAUCGACAACUCACCCAUAUUCAGGGAUUUCGUCAAGCGCUGGAAAAACUACCUGAAAGGAGGGAGGGCCAAGCACAACUAAAGCGGAGCACACCUCUACGAUCUCUUCAUGCCCUCACAUCCUCUUCCCGACUGCCACCAUGAGGGCCACGGUGUCUAGCGAGGAGAAAAAGAUGGCUGAACACUUCGGUAGCCCUCUGACUUUUCAGUUUGAGACAGUAAUUGCAGUGCUUCUUGUGUCUGUGCUGAGGUUUUAAUUAGGUACAAAUGCAGCUGCUUGCAGCAUGUGUCUGGAUAAGGAAGAGGGAGGGCUUAUGUAUUUAAAAUUCAAAGCCUCAGAUCUGCAGGUUUGAGUGAGAAACACGUCUGCUGAGAUUUGCCACAUUUGGGCUCACUUCAGUCAAGAUGAGGAAUCGCAAAGCAGCUUUCAGAACCUUCUUCCAAAGUCAAGCUCAGAAAAUAAUUAGUCAUCAGACAGGCAAAAUUGUCGAGAAAUAACUCGUAGAGAACAACCUUUAGCUGCAAUAGUUAUUUAAGUUCAUAGUCUGUGAGCAGAACAUUGCAAAAAAUGCAUAUAAGCUACGGAUAAAAAUGCUGAAAAUGUCCUCAAGUGUAGCAUUGUUAUAUUUCACAGAGCACUGAAGGUUUACUCGGUCGGCUUGACAUUGGAAGGAAACGCAACGCCUUUUGUUCAACCCACUGUCUAGCCUUCGGUCUGCAUUUCAUGAUCCUUUGCUCUGUCAGACCCUCGCUACAAUCAGAUUGAGCUGUCACGAAUGCGGCCCAGUCCUGCCCAUAAUGCACUUAAAGCUUUAGAGAGGUGGUCGUAGGUCACUUCCUGUUUACAACAGAUUUCGGGAAACAUUGCUGUAGUUAUUAAGACACCACUGUCCUGGACUAACAAACAUAGAGGCUGCUUUUUGAGAAAUCUGAGGGACACUGAAUGGUCGUGUAGCUGGUGUUCAUCCCUGUAAGACGUCAAACCUCAGUUAAAAUUGUGCUACAUGUAGACUGGUCAUGCACUUUACUUGUGUGGCAUGUGUGUGUGGUGAAGAUGCGUUUAUACAACCAUGUGAUGAAUUAUGACUGAUUUUUGACAUCCAGUUUUUUUUCUCUCUCUCUUAUCCUUAAUGGCAGUAAAUCAUUUAUAAGGGAAUUUUCAGGUUUUGUUUAUUGUAGCUGUACCCAUUUUCUCAAAUUUCUCUCUUUUUUUUCUUUUUUAUCAGGUGAUUGUUAUACAAUUUAUUUUUGGACAGCUGUAUUAUUUCUCUUGAUAUUAUUUUUAUAAGUAACAUCUCCCCCUUUUUUUGUUUUGAAUGUCACAAACACAAUUGCCGUAAUGUGGAGCAAAAGAAUGAGAAUGUUUCUUUCACAUUCAGUUGAAUAACUUGCAUCUCAGGCAAGCAAACAAUGCUGUUUCAUGUAUUAAAAAGAUACUAAUAAUCAGUACUUCCUCAUUAAAGUAUAGAGUAUACUAUAGCAUCAGGUUUCUGUUCGUUUUUUUAAAAUUUUUAAUCCAAAAGCAUCUCCUCACAUCACCAAAAACAUUUCAGCAGCCUUAUGACUAGUGCAGCCAAGUGUCUGAGACUGCAGAUGGAGUUCAAAAGAGUUUUGGCCGUGUCACUUGAUGUUUCUCAGAGCGAUCAGCUUGUCCUCAGCAGUAAAAGCUCCACCUGGCUGAAUCCUGUCGAUCUUAAUCUCACCUAACCACAGCUGCUAAGAUGCCGAGAUGUUAUCCCAUUAUCUGGCAUCCUGCUGUUCUGAACCAUUUCAAACAGAUGUUCGCAUUCCUGCGUGGGCUUUUGGCUUCAGAUUUUCAGAAAAUAAAUGUCAGAGAAGAACAAAUGUGGCAUUUCUGAAUGUUUGAUAUGAAAGCUUCUGAUUUGUUUGGCAGAGAUAGCGUUUUGAGACUAUGGGUGCUUUAGUCCUGAGGCGUAGCUUUUGUGUUGACCUUUUUUGGUUUAAAAAUCAUGUUUUGCCGUGAAAAUCAGGUUGCUUGUAGUCUCGCUGACACAGAUCUCACAUAUACUAUGCACAUUUCAUACUUGUCGCUUAAAGGACAGACAGAGGUAUGUUUAAAGGGGAAAAGAUGUUACCACGAGUGAGGCAGAGAGCUACAUUUAAUUUAUACUGUACCAAAGUCUUUAAAGCAUUAGUUUUUGUAUUAUGCUGUAUGGAAGACCAUGGAGCAUUUGUCUUUUUUUAGUUUGGAAAGGUGAUGGGAUUAAAGGAACACUUUGAGGUGGUAGUUACAUGCCUUCCUCUUGCGAAGAAAUGCCUUUUGAUACUUUUUUUUUUUUCACCUUCAGUCUAGAUUUGUACAAAAUGGAGUGGGUAUAGAAGGGAACAGGGGAUAUUAUUAAUCACUGCUAUCUAUGGGGAUGUGUGCAAAUCUUGAAGUAGAGCUAACGCUCAGUGCUACAUAUUUCAAAAGGGAAAAGCGAGAUUUGGAACAGCAUGUCUGUUCUUGAAAGCCUUGUUUCAAAGCAGCCUCCUUUUUGAGUUGAGUUGACCAAAUGUUGGUUGCAUUUGAGAACUCCUUGGAGUAAGCAAUGUUAAAGCACAACUAUAGUUUCUUUCAUUAAUUUAUUCACUCUCUCUCUCUCUGUCUCUCUCUAAAAAUGUUUCCAGUCUGGACUUUGUGCAAAGCCUUCCUCUGCAAGCUGCUGCAGUUUAGAAUAGUAAAACUAUAGAAAAGAGUAGAACAGGUUUACCUUUUUCCCUCUUCUUUUUUCUGUUUUGUUUCAUUCUUGAUUUAUAAAUUGACAUGCGAGGUGUAUUUCAUGUGUAUGCAAUAAAUGAUUGAACUGAAUCUCAACAGCUGCACACCCAGAGGUUGUACAGACUUUGCAACGGAAGCACAAUGUGCGAUCAUUUUUAUGCAGGACAAAUGUUUAUUAAAGUCUUUGUGCUUUAAAUUGUUUUUUUUUUUAAUUGUAUAAAU